AACAUGUUCAGGGGCGAGGACGGGGUGGCUGGCGGAAGUUCAUCUGGGCCUGCAGGCCUCUGUGUGGGCUCAAUGGGGCAGGCGUGGGCCAGGCUGGUCCCCCUCCUUCUGCUCCUGCUCCCAGGGCGAGGCGGUGAGUGCCCCACCCUGACACCAUGGCUCUUCUUGCUGGGCGCCAAGUGUGUGGAGGGCUGUGGACCUGGGAUCUGGGCUGAAGCCUGCAGUACCAGUGGGUGCUGUUUUCAGGACCUGCCAUAUCCGGAUGCAGACUCAGGCUCGGCUUCAGGCCCCAGGGACCUGAACUGCUACCGGAUAGUCAGCGCUGGUUAUGAAUGUUCCUGGAAGUAUGAGGGCCCCACGGCUGGGGUCAGCCACUUCCUGAGGUGCUGGACGCCAAACUCAGCACCAAUGCUCCCCUCGCGCAGCCUCAAGUCUGGGCACUGCUGCUACUUCGCCGCGGGCUCAGCCACCAGCCUGUGGUUCUCUGACCAGGACGGCAUAGCUGUGUUUCAGCCCGUCACGCUCUGGGUGGAAUCUCGAGCCGAGAACCGGACGCAGAAGUCGCCUAAGAUCACCCUGAAGCUUCAUAGCGCAGUUAAAUACGACCCUCCGUCAGCCAGCGACAUCACCGUGUCUGGGUCCGCGGGGCAGGUGCUCUUGAAGUGGGAGACCCCAGCCCGCCAGGAUGGCGCCGAGGUGCAGUUCCGGCACCGGACACCCGGCAGCCUGUGGAAGUUGGGCAACUGCGGACAUCAGGAGGAUGCUGGCUUCGAGUCCUGCCUAUGCCCCUUGCGGACGGACGCUGCCCAGGAAUUCCAGCUACGCAGGCGGCGACUCAGGCCGGGAGCCCCAGGAGACCCCUGGAGCAGCUGGAGCAGCCCCGUGUGUGUCCCCCCUGAACAUCCCCCAAAGCCCACCUUGAGGUUCUCGGUGGAGGCUCUCCGUCCACAUGGAAGGAGGCAGGUGACCCUGCACGGGCAGCUGCCCCAGCUUGAGCUUCCAGAAGGCUGCCUCGGGUCCAACUCUGGCGGGGAGGUGACCUACCGCGCCCGCCUGCACAUGCUGUCCUGCACGUGUAAGACCAAGUCCACAAUGACCUUUCAGCUGAGGAAACCACUCAACCUCGCUGGCGCAGCCUAUGACCUGGCUGUUGUCUCCCAGAAUCGCUUCGGCCCUGGCCCCAACCAGACGUGGCACAUUCCUGCCCAAACCCACACCCACACAGAACCAGGGGCUCUGAAUAUCACUGUGGGAGCCAAUGGGACCACCAUGCACUGGCCAGCCCAGGCCGGGGCCAAGGCAUAUUGCAUUGAGUGGCAACCCCAGGGCCAGGACAGGAACCUUACCAACUGCGCACUGACUCCACCCCAGGACCCGGACCCUACCGGAAUGGCAACCUACAGCUGGAGCAGAGGAUCUGGGGCAAUGGAGCAGAAGGUGUGUUACCACAUCAUGAUCUUUGCCUCUCCACGCCCAGAGAAGCCCAUCUCGUGGUCCACAGUCUUGUCCACCUACCACUUUGGGGGCAAUGUUGCAGCCUCGGGGGCCGGACGCCCACAACACGUGUUGGUGAAGAAGCUCAGCCAGGACUCCGUGUCUGUGGACUGGACACCAUCCCCGCUGAGCACGUGCCCGGGGGUCCUGAAGGAGUACGUCGUGCGCUACCAGGAUGAGGAGGAAAACCUCACGUCUGAGCUGCCCGUGAAGCCCACAGAGACCCAGGUCACCCUUGGUGGCCUUCGGGCUGGCACAGCCUACACCGUGCAGGUUCGCGCAGACACGGCAACGCUGCAGGGCGCCUGGAGCCAGCCCCAGCCAUUCAGCAUCGAAGUCCAGGUUUCCCGGUUGUUCGAUUUGUCCAUACUCCUCGUGUCUCUGGGGAGCUUCGCCAGCAUCCUUCUCCUGGGCGUCAUUGGGUACCUCAGCCUGAACAGGGCUGCGCGGCACCUGUGCCCACCCCUGCCCACACCCUGCGCCAGCACUGUGGUCGAGUUCCCUAGCAGCCAGGGCAAGCAGGUGGAUUGGGUGCCAUGUCUCACCUCCCCCAACUCCUGCAUCUACCCCUGGGCCUCCAGUCUGAGUGGGAAGACUGUCCAACACUGUUGAACCUCCAGUCAAUGGUUGACGGGCUGAACUUCGGAAUGAGGCCAGAGUUGUACAUGCUGGGCCCAACCCAGGGCUUGGCUGCCUUGCCCCGCCCAUUAAUCCCCAUACUGACAGCCACAUUGCUGAGUCCCCAGAGCUACCCCCAACCAAAGCUUCCCUCGAAGGGCCAUGAGCUCCCCCAUUGGUCACCCUGAGUCCAACCUCCUGAAGACCCGGGGACUCGGGGGCCUCAGGACACCGGCCUGGUCUCCUCAACACCCCCAAGAUUGUUCUAGAAUAGAAGCAGCACCACGAGUGGACCUCGUCAAGGGGCAGCUCUGCACUGGGCAUGACUGUGCCAUGCAAGCAAGGCUGCCCUGUAGAUGAACAGCUCAAGCAUGUGGACGUGGUGCGAUGCGCGAUCUCUCCAUCUGUGGAUUGCCCUCAGCAGAAAGAAAAUACAUACAGCAGAGAGGAUAAAAGAUACUAAAUCCAAUCCAGGAUUUACUUAUCCCUCCUUGAUAGCACCUACUGCACCCCCCCCAACCCACCCGGUCCCCAUGUGGCCAGGGGGUUAUGACCUCAUUGUACAGCUGGGGAAACAGAGGCAGCGUCUCUGUGUGUGGCUUUGACAGCUGUGAUAUCUCUGUUCCUAAAUUGACUGCUUUCAUGAACUCUUUCCUGUGUUUACGUAACAGUGUGCUCGGGUGUAUUGCACAAAGGCUUUGUAUGUAGCGCGUUAAUAUGUACAUGAUUGAAAAUACAGAUGUGUUUUAUUUUGAAGUGAGAAAAAGAACAUGAACAGGCAUGCCUGGACAGCUAGACUAUAGUAGAGCAUUUUUCAUCCUUCCGUAGCUAUGACCAAUCACACAAGUUCCUGGAACAGAAGACUUUGUAUCAAAGCAUUUGGAUUUUGUUAUGAUGUUGCCUUUUCCCAAUAGACUUAAAAUAAAAUAUCAAAUAACUAUUUUAAAGGUCAGCUUUGUUUAGGGCAUAACUCACAUACAAUAGAGUACAGCUGGAUGAGUUUUGACAAAGGCAGACAAUCCUGAGACGAUCAGUCUGGAUAGAUUUCCAUUACCCAGAAAGUCCCCUUGCAGCUGAUCCCCUCCUCCGGGUCUACAUUAAGUAAUAAAUACCGGAUGAACACAUUUGCCUUUACCAACUAGAAACAGUGAGUUAUAGAUUCAACGGGUAGGGAGAUGGAGAUGCCUCAUGCCACGGUCCCCCUGGGCUGGGGUGAAGGUCUGCCUAUGGAUAUUGGCAAUUGGCCAAAGUCCCAUUUUAUAGCCAGUACUACUGAAGCCAGAGACAAAUGGCCCAGAGGGUCCAGUGGCCCCGAUUCCAGCCCCAGACCCUGGGCCUCCAUCGUCUCACCUCAAAAUCGAGGAUAAAAAGGAAAGGUGGGGGGCGCCUGGGUGGCUCAGUCA